CAUACAUUACAAGGGGUUAAAACAGCUAUGUUUUAUUUAAAUGUUCCUUGUUCUGCUUCUAAUUGGUGAUGACAAUGAAAUAUUACUCAAUUUUGGUUUCCAGGGAUUCACACACAAAAAAAUAAAUGGAGAGUGCUGUGGAAAGUGCGUUCAGUCUUCCUGCAUUCUCAAUAACACUGUACUGAUCAAGCCUGGAAUCUUAUGGCGUCCCCCUGGUGAUAACUGCACAUGCUAUGAAUGUGAACCAAAUACAUUUAUUGUUAUCAAAAGGAUCAUGUCAUGUCCGGAGCAAAAGCCUGUAGAAUGUGAAAAGGGUAUAUUGGUUAAUGUUACAAGCACAGAUGGAUGUUGUACACUACAAUAUUGUGAACCACGCAAGUGUGAUGUAAUGAAGUCAUGGAAGAUUAUAGAAAGCGGAGAAUGCUCAGCCAAUGUGACUCUAAACAACUGCGAAGGUUACUGUAGCUCUGUCUCCAGGCACCCCAAUUUUCCCAAAAUGGAAGAACAUGACUGUACCUGUUGCCAAGCUUCAAAAACCAUCACCAAGAAUAUCCAGCUGCAAUGUACAAAUGGAAAGACAAUAGGAUACACAUUCACUGAUAUACUGAAGUGUGCAUGUAAGGGUGCAGCCUGUGUGUUCACAGAAUAAACUGUAAGCAAUACAUUAAAUCCUUUAAAAAAAUGUUGCUAGGCCAGCAACUAUUAUCAGAGUAAGCUAUGGUUACACUUUAGAAAAGAUUUAUUUUUGCUAAUGUACAGUAUAUGAAAUUGUAUCAGCAAACAUUGACCCUCCAGUGUAAUACAUAUAAGCGAUAGAAGAUGUCUUUACUGCAGUAAUGAAAAUAAUUACAAAGAAUAAUGUCAUCCUAAUUAUAAAUCGAAAUCCCUGGAGAGUCCUAAUUAAGUAAAACUUGUAUAUCAGCAGUGUAAACUUAUGUUCCCAAAUAUGAGUUGCCUGUUUGCAGUAUAUCGUGCCCUGACAGUCAAUAGGAACAGAAACAUACUCUUUAAACACUUGAUUUUCAACUAUUGUGCACAUAUAUUUUGUUUCCUAAUGAACACAUAAUUAUAGACAAUGCAGAUAUAGAAACAUGUAUGUAUUUAAAAAUACAAUAU